GGGACUGUUUCUUGUGAGUGCAACGUUCGCCAUGGCAUACAUACUUGUGAAGUGAGCGUAGCCAACCACCUUGGAACUUCUGAACCGCAGGGAGAGAGUGAGUUAUCUAGCUAUGAAGCGCUUGUACAUCGGUGGACUGGGUCACGCCAUCUCCCAGAAGGAUCUGAAGGACAGAUUUGGGAAAUUUGGGGAAGUGUUAGAUGUCGAAAUUGUAACCAGGAAAGAUGGAACAGGAAUGCCUAUGAAGACCUUUGGUUAUAUCAACAUAAACAUUUCUGAUGCAGACUUGAAAAAAUGCAUGACUGUAUUAAAUAAAUCCAAAUGGAAAGGUGGAACGCUGCAGAUUGAAAUUGCCAAGGAAAGCUUUUUACACAGGUUGGCUCAAGAACGGCAACAAGCAACUGAGAAGAGUCAGUCUCCAAGAGUUGAACACAAAGACAAAUUAAUGGAGUCCUUUAAGAAGGCUGGAGUGGAGAACUUCCACAUGAAAGCAGCAGUGCCAGGGACAGAGAUCCCAGGCCAUAAGGACUGGGUUGUGAGUAAAUUUGGGCGUGUUCUUCCAGUCCUUCAUCUUAAAGGUCACGGCAAGAACAAAGUGUUUAAAUAUGACCCAUCGAAGCACAGCCACAAUAUUAAAAAGCUGGAAAAUACAACUGAAGUUCCAGCCCAGACCCCAGUGUCUCAGCUCACGUGGGAAAUCCUGGAAGGUAAUGAUGAAAUCAGCAAGAAAAGAAGAGGAGAGUUUCCCCCGCAGAAAGCACGUCCUGCCAAGAUGAGAAAAGAUUUGCCAUGUAAAAAAUUGGAAAACUCUCAUUCUGAAGUUAAAUAUAAUGGACAAGACAAGGAAUCUCAUGAUAUCCAUGAGAAAAAUCGGGUGAUCUCGCGCAAAGUCAGCCAGGGUGCAAGCACUCUGAUAAUGCAAAACAUGUCUGGGCAAAAUGGUCCAAUAAGUGACAAGCAGAAUCGCACCCAAAAAAGGCUAGACAAAUCAGUGUGUGUGUUUGACAGCGAGCCUGAUUCUGAUGAUGAAAUACGUAUGUUGGUAGCUCAAGAAAACGCACAAAGCAGAAAUAUGAGUGCAGAGGAUGAGGAUAACCUGGAGGUGGUUGGAGAUGACUUUGUUGUCAAAACCAGUAUGUUCUGGGCCAGCCAGAAGUCAAAGGGUGAACUUGUAAUGAGGAGCUCAGAGGACCCUGAUGAUGGUCGAGACUAUGACUCAGCAGAUACUGAUGAAAUUCUCACCCAGAGUAAAGCUCCAAAUAUUGCAGACAAGCAGCAAGAAACUGAAAAAUCAGUGUUGAAUAAUCAAAAUGUUGACACCAGUGAAUGCAUGUCUAAACCUGGCAAAAGCAAACGUAAGACUGGCAGUGAAGUCCUUCCAAAAGAAUCGCCCUGUCUAACUGAAUCCAGCAAUGAUGAGGCAUCAGAGGGGUGUGAAGAUUCUGAUUUGGAUUAUGAUACUGUGAUGGCCCACUGUCAACGACUGGAGAUAUCACUAGCAGAUUUGGCACAACUUGCAAAGGAAUGCUCUGUUGCUGAAGGAGAGAACAAUGGAGAUUGUCAGGAAUCUGAUUCACAAGCUGUGCCUGGACAAACAUCUGAAGCUCCAUUUUCUAAGGGUAAGGACUAUGUGCCUCUACAAGCAAAGAAGGGCAAUUCUCCAGAGGAGAUUUUGGCUGCCAUUUUGGCAGAGGACAGUAGCGAUGAGGAAAGUGAUAGCAAGAAAAAAAAGAAAAGGAAAAAGAGCUCAGCCUUGAGUCUGCCUGCCUUCAUGGGGACAAAAGCUCUUUCGGGAGCUGUAUCUGCUGUUGAAACAGGGCUCUCUCCGAAGAGGAAGCAAGGUGAGGGAGAAUGUGAGGCGACAGAAUCUGUUAAGAAACAGAAAGUGGCGCACACGGCAUCAUCUGACUUCAGUGCCUCAGAAGACGAGAGCAACACAGUCGUGUCCAAGCUACCACCGUUUAAAGGACUUAACAGUCUGUCAUUACCUAAAGAUGAGAAAACAAAGAGGACAGACAGUGAUAUCUUGGAAAAAUCCAACAAAUCAGAAAGCACAGAAUCAGACUCAGAUUCCAGCAGCUCUGGUGGCGAGGAUCUAGAUGAGUUAGCUGAAGACCCCAAACGGCAUUCUGACGUUGCAGGAAAAACGGAUAUGUCUGCUCCCAAAGAGAGGCUUCCAUUGAACCUUUCUGAGACCCUGAAUGCUGAAAGCAGCUCACCCGGUGCAAAGACACUGAGUGCUAAAGAAGUGGAGGUCGAAAAGAAAGUCGCACCAAAAGACUCAAAGAGCGCGUCCUCGCAGCAGCCGCAGAACAAUACAGAAUCAUUAAAGCAGCCUUCCCAUAAAACCGCCGGCCUGGAGAACGCUCUGAAACAGCAGCAGGACAACCAGAAACGCCUGGCUGCCAUGGAACAGAGGCAGAAAGAGGCAGAGCAGCAGAAGAAGCUCAUUCAAGGUGCUCUCUCUACUUUGGACACACCCGUAGCAAGCAAGGGCAAACACAUUGUAUUUGAGUGGGAUGAUGAAAGUGAAGGGGAAGCUGAACACAGCGCAGCAGGACCUGGCGACUCAAGAGUGAACCUGUUUGAGAAGGGCUCAGAGUCCUCAUCUGAGAGUUCCAGCGAAGAGGGACCUGGAACUGGGGAAACGCAGGAGCUCAGAGUCAAGGAAUUUCAAAAGCAAGGAGGUGGCAAACUGUUUGACAGCAGUGAAGACGAGGAGGAGGAUGAUGGCGAGAGGUUCCAUAUUAAACCACAGUUUGAGGGCAAAGCAGGACAGAAGCUCAUGCAGUUGCAGUCCAGGUUUGGAACGGAUGAGCGAUUCCGUAUGGAUUCACGGUUUCUUGAAAGUGAUGAUGAAUCAAACAUUCCAGAGGAGACGGCUGCUCACAGUGGUGUGGAAGUGCAACUUGAAGAGGAAAAAAAGAAGAACCUAGACAUCUUACAAAGUUUGUUGAAUAUUGAUGUUCGCAGUGCUGCGACCAGCAAGGAAACCACAAAGAGCAAGGCAUUCAGAGAUAUUUCUGCCCUUCACUACGAUCCUACUCGGGAAGAGCACUCUGCCUUUGAAACAAAGUGUGAGGAACCCAAGAAAGAGAGCAAGGCUGCGAGACGCAAGAAGCGAGAGGAAGCAGAGAAGCUCCCUGAGGUGUCCAAAGAGAUCUUCUAUGAUGUGGCUGUGGACCUGAAAGAGGUGUUUGGGUCUCAGAAGGAAAACACUGAGUCAAAACAGACUGUUGCCUGGGAUAAGGAGGAGGAGGAAGAGAAUGUGGACCAAACUACAGAGGAGGAAGCUGCAGUUGGACAGCUCACUGUGCAGCAUUCUAACGCGAGCGAUGAGAAAGCGGAAUCUGCGGGCUUCAAAUUUUCAUUCUUCGGAGAUGACACAGCAGAGGACACCACUGUGAAAGAUGACUACAAGAUUGAGAUUCUGAAGGGAGCAAAGGUACCAUGGCAGGAGAACCCCUGCUUCCAGGACAGCAGCUCUGAGGAAGAGGAGGAGGAAGAGGCAGAAGAGGGAACAGGAGAUCAGUCUGCCCCUGCCAAUGUGUCAGAAGCACCAGUGGCAGCAAAGAAAACCUUCUUCUUUUUCUUCCAAGAUGAUGAACGGUUAAAAGAGGGACCUAAAAUGUUCUGUAGAUCAGCAAAACUGGAAGAUCAGAGGGGACACUGGGAGGAGCAGCGAACGUCAUUGAUUGAGGAGUACAGGAAGAAGCACAAGGAUGCAAGGCGGAGACUGAAGGCUUCACAAAGAAGCUGAAUGGAGCACCAACUGGUCCCUUGUACUCCUGCUGUGCCUGGAUUUUCACACGUCCCUAUGGGCACGAAUGGACUGUAUUUAUCUUGGUAUACUAUUUCAGUCAAAAUCGGCACAGAUCAAAUUUCAGUUGGUUGAUCACCGGAAAUUCAAAGUUAACCUUGUGCCAUAAUUUAUUUUUGGAAUAGUUUAUACCUUUUGUAUGAAGAAAAAAAGCACAAUUAACCUUAUUUUAUUUAGUAAUAAAUAACAUCGGAACCUGACUGUUUUUGACCACUAGAGUGUGUUAAAAGCAAGUGUUGCAUAAGUAUAUAACCAACCCUGAACUUGUUACAUGUGUUCUCCUUUUUCAUUUACAUUUCAGGGUAUACGGUAUAAAUGUUGAUACCUUUCUGAAUCUCAAAGCACUGAAGGCCUGUGUCAUGUUUAGCUGAAAGCAACUUCAGAUGUUGUAAAUCUAACAAACUGGAGGGGCAGUCAGAUUGCAUGCCCCCCCCCCUUCUGUCAUGAUAAGUAUGUAGAAGCCAAGUCCAAGUAUUUUUCCCCACAGUCAUUUCACUUAGUUUAAAGCAGAGCUGUAUCCUGUUCCAUAACCUUCAUAGCCAUUCCAUUCAGAGUCAGACAGUUGUACAGUGGUGAACACAGCCUCUGCUCCAGGUGUCAUUGGUGGAGGUAAUAAGGAUACUGUUAAAUGAUGGUCAGUGUGUCAGUCGAGAGGCAAUUAUGUCUUCAAAGGUAAUGUCUCCCCUGUCUUUUCCUAGUGCCAUGCCCCUGUUUCUCUUAAAGUGUCAUGUGUAUACUUUAUAAGAGAGUUUGUCUUUACCUGAUCGUGACUUAAGGGCUAGCAUUGGAAAAUGCUCAAAUUUCAAAGUAUGUGAGCGAUUUCAUUUGAAGGCUUAUUUACGGGGUGGUCAUAAAGUCCCAGUAUUUGGUAGGAAAUCCUUUAUCCUUCCUUAAUCCUUUUUUAUUUCACAAUUACAUGUAAAUGGUGAUAUUUAUUUCAGUUUCAAUUGUAACCCAAGAGGAGCUGCAACAGAGACAACCCAAAAAUAGAUUGAUAAGUUCGCUCUUGGACAUGUGAAAUGUAUAAUAUACUUUAUACUAUGGCCACACUGUACAGUUGUUAAUUCUAAAUGCUUGAUGUGAGCCAGUGCAACAGUCUUCACUUUGAUUUUUUUAUGUAUUAGAAUGAGUGUUGUGCCAGCAGUGUUGCAUUUCCCUGUGAGAAGUAGUUUGAGACCCAGCUGCACAUAGUCAAGAUGUAGUGCGAUCUCUGGCCUUGCCCUCAUUUACACCAAUGAGGGACUGCUCAGUGGCAGUCGAUGACUAUGUGAUACCCUCAGAAUAGUUUGCUCUCCAUGCCGCAGGGUUUCUUAUCAGGGGACAGGGGUAGAUCUCCUCUGAAUAGCCUUCAGCCACCAAAGACGUGG